GCCAAACCAAACGGGAUGCUGCUGGGAGGAGGAUGCGAGGAUAUGGGGCGAUGAUGUGCUUUUUCGGGGGAGGAGGAGCACCGCCCGUCUCUAAAUCGAGCGGCACCGUGCUGUGAUGAUGCAGACCCGUCCGACGUGAACAGCGAGCGGCCAGGCAACAGCGCGUGCACCGGGGGAGCAGCUACUGGAGGCCCGCGCGCAGUAACCACAGUUCAAACCGUAGCCCUGUCUCCGUGGAUGCAGUGUGUGCAGCAAUGGCCACACAGGGACAUGGGAACACAAGAGCCACUGCUGCCGACAAUCUCCAACCAGGAAUGGAGACCGCGAUCGUAGCCAGCGGCAAAACCUGUCCAGUCCACAAUCCUGGUGCGGACGAUCCAAAGAGGGGAUUUCGGAAGGGCUUGGGACGGCACAAUGACUAUGUAAAGAUCCCAGUGCCUGAUACCAAAGUCAACCGUCAGCCCAUGGAGUGGUGGAAGACAUUCAUUGCAUUCUUUUACGCCGGAUUCAACCUGGUCCUGACCACCGUUGUCAUCACAGUUGUGCAUGAGAGAGUUCCGCCCAAAGAAAGCAGCCCACCUCUUCCGGAUAAGUUCUUUGAUUACAUCGACCGGGUCAACUGGGCGUUCACUGUCACUGAGAUUAAUGGCAUGGUGCUUUUGGCCAUUUGGAUCAUACAGCUAUUCUUCUUCAGAUACAGAUCCAUAGCUCUACGGCGCUUCUUCUUCCUGAUGGGCACUCUGUACUUGUACCGCUGUGUGACCAUGUACAUUACCACUCUGCCUGUGCCAGGGAUCCACAUGACCUGUGCUCCUAAGUUGCACGGAGACUCCCAUGCCAAACUUCUGCGAGUCCUGCGCCUCAUUUCUGGAGGAGGAUUGUCCAUAACAGGCUCCCAUCUCAUGUGUGGAGACUUCCUGUACAGUGGGCACACCGUGAUGCUAACCCUCACUUACCUAUUCAUCAAAGAGUACUCUCCGCGGUCGUUCUGGUGGUACCACGUGAUGUGCUGGCUCCUCAGUGCGGUGGGGGUGGUGUGUAUCCUGGUGGCUCAUGAGCACUACAGUGUGGACGUGGUGGUGGCCUACUUCAUCACCUCGCGCCUCUUCUGGUGGUACCACACCAUGACGAGCUUACAGACUUUGAAAUGCUUCCCAAACAACUACCUCCAAAACACUUGGUGGAACCCGAUUUUCAACUUCAUGGAGAGGAAUGUCCAAACUGCUGUGCCGUGUUCCUACAGCUGGCCCAUCACCUGGCCCCCUGCCUGCCUUAAGAGCCCUUGUAAGAAGUAUUCCAUGGUACAGAGCAUCAGAGAAGAGUGACCACACCUCCAUGGUCCACCUUCUGAGAAUCAGCACAUCAGCAUUGCACCAUUUGUAUAAUGUAUAUGAUAGAGAUGUUCGGAGAAGUAUUUUAACAAUCACUGUUGUUACCACAGAGCAUCUGAUUUUUUUUAAAUAAAUAUUUGUAGCGCCUGACAAACUGCUGUAUUUUAGAAAGAUUCCACUGAAACAGUUUGACUUCUCAUAGUAGAGUGUCGGAGAAGAGUUGCCUCCAGAUAAUGUACUUAUGUCACAAGGUGCCUUAGUGUGUUGUCAGCAUGGUAGUUACCAAAAGCCAAUCAUCAUCUUUUUCUUCCAUCUUCUUUUAUUUUUUAUUAUUGUUUAUUUUUUGUCAUUUAUUAUAUUUGAAGUGUCUUUUAGUCAUUCAGAUGUGCAUAACCUCAUAGUUGUGUUGUUCGUUCACAAUGUUGACUUUGUUUUAUAGAGCAAUCAUGUUAUUUAUCCAAAUGCUUGUUUUAUAUUUAAUAUUUCCAUUAAAUAAAACAGUGAAUGA